GGCAACCCGGGUCAGUCAACGUGCAGGCAGGCAGCAAGCAAGCAGUAUUGUGCCGGAGCAGCAGACUCCCCGCAGGGAUUCCUAGGGUUACACACACCGCUGUUUAGAUGGCUGACAGAAAGGAGUAAGUUGGUGAACGGUGCUGAAAACACUCUGAGAUUAUUCCGGCAAGUGUCUGGGUUCACUAACUACAACACAAUGGAGCAAGAAUUUCAAGACAUUGAUUCGUCGGGGAGAUGGCAAAACCUUUACAAUGAGAUCCGUAACCAAGCCAGUGAAUAUUCCUACAAAGUGGCAAAGCUUCCAGUGAAUCGGAAUCUGAACCGCUACAGAGAUGUCAGCCCAUACGAUCACAGUCGGGUAAAACUUGAAAACUCUGAAAAUGACUACAUCAAUGCAAGUUUAGUCGAUGUGGAAGAAGCCCAAAGAGCUUACAUUCUUUCUCAGGGCCCCUUGAGGAAUACAUGCGGCCAUUUCUGGCUGAUGAUUUGGGAACAGAGUUGCAAAGCUGUUAUAAUGCUCAACAGAGUGAUUGAAAAAGGAUCUGAAAAGUGCGCGCAAUACUGGCCUACCACCGAGGAGCUACAGAUGUCUUUCACAGACACAGGGUUUGUUGUGAGGCUACUGUCAGAGGAGGACCAAUCCUAUUUCACAAUCAGAUUGCUGGAACUACAAAAUACAAAGACAGAGGAGUCGAGAGAGAUCUAUCACUUUCACUACACCACAUGGCCUGACUUCGGUGUUCCAGAAUCCCCUGCCUCCUUCCUCAACUUCCUCUUCAAGGUUCGGGAGUCUGGCUCGCUGGACCCGGAGCAUGGGCCCUCAGUGGUGCACUGCAGCGCUGGGAUUGGUCGCUCAGGGACCUUUGCCUUGGUGGAUACCUGUCUAGUUUUGAUGGAGAAGAGGAAAAACCGGUCAUCAAUGGACAUACAAAAGGUGCUACUUGGCAUGAGGGAAUACCGCAUGGGCCUGAUCCAGACCCCUGACCAGCUCCGCUUUUCAUACAUGGCUGUCAUUGAGGGAGCCAAGCUCAUCCUGACAGACAACUCAGAAACACAGAACAAGCUGACACAGCUGUCCAGAGAUGACCUGGAGCCAGAUCUACCCCCUCCACCACCUCCACCUAGACCUCACCUUAACGACAGCAGACCCAACGGACCCCACCUAGAGUCUCAGGCCCCCUCAGGAGACAGGCUUGCAGGAGAGCCAGAUGCCCAAGAUCACAAUAAGGCAGACAAUUCUGGGCAGGUCCGAAAGCGACACCGUGAGGAAAGGAUUGCCAGCACAGCACAGAGGGUCCAACAAAUGAAACAGAGACUGACAGAGUCUGAGAGGAAACAGGAGAAGUGGCAGUACUGGAGACCCAUCCUGUUCAAUGUCGGCGCCGGCGCCGGGGCUGUCUUGGCCAUAAGCCUGCUGUACUGGAUGUAUUCCCAGUGAAGCACUGCGGGUCACUUAAAUCGGACUCUUAUUUUGCACCGGUACCUGAGAUUAGGUACUUCUUCUCGACGUAGACUUAGACAGUAAUAUGUGCAGAAUUGAGGGUAUUUAUUUCUCAAGGUCAAAAUGCGGGAGCGCUAGAUCAAACGAGCGUCUGUAUAUUUUUCAUGUAAGAUCGAAACAAAAAAAUAGUAACAUCUCAGGAUCUCGGUGCCAGCACGAUGAUUUAAUUUCCUUUCCUUCUUGUCACUGCUCAUGAAUGUACUGUAUCAUAGCAAAAAUGGCUUUGCAGAAACUUACUAAAGGUGCAGUACAAAGAGAAAUAUAUAGUGACAGGUUUAUUUUUACAUUCUUUGUUUGUAAUAGUCAGAUAUGUGUCGAUCAACACGUUUUACAUUUUGCAUUUCAGAAUGACUUGUGUUGACUUGUUCAUCCUACUGUAGACUUGUAGGAAAACUCCAGAGCCAAGAUUCAGCUGUAGGAUUUUACUUUUCUUUAGUUUUAAUGUAAUAUAAUGAAAUGCAUGCAUUCUGCGGUUUUCCAGACCACCACUUGUUCUUCCAUUCACAUUUAGCAGGGCAUCUCAACACGGCCAGAAGAAUAUUUUUGUGUGAGUGGACACUUCCUUGCCAAUGUUUCAGACUCGGCUAGAGUGGUUAUUUUCUGUUAUGUGCACACUUUUUUUUUUUUUUUUUUUUUUUUUUUGCCUGCCUUUGUUAGCUGCCACAUGGAUCAUAAACGUUGCCCCUUAGCAAGUUAUUUACCCACUGGAUGGGUUGGUCUGUGUUUGUUCAGGUGAUCACGCUGUUUUUGUUUUUUGUUGUUGUUUAUUUUAAGAAACCAAAGCCUGUUUUUAGGAAGAUAACAGUCAGACAAGCUCCUGAUGAUGAACCCUCGCAUACUCCCCUCAUGUCGAAUGUAUAUUCUGUUGAAUCUCUCUGUCAUAACUGACACCUGUAUUACAAAAUGAUGCUAGUACCGUUCUACAUUCUGUCCGUGUUUUGAACCCACAUGAUUGCCGAUUCGGUUUUCAAUUGACUGGGACCAAUCCAAAGCUACAAUAGUGCAAUUUAGAAGCUGAAGGAGAGCACCUUGGAUUAAAUUUAGAAGAGAGCGAUGUCCUUGUGGGGUGGUUGAAAAAGCUUUUAAUGUGCCUUGAAAUGUGUUAAAUACAGAAAGGAGGAAAAAAAAGUGCGCUCCCAGAAUGUUUUUUUUUUUUUUUGGUAUGUGCGAUCAGUACAGAAAAUUGUCGUGUCGCACGUAAUGUGAGUAACAUGUUUGCACUGCAAUGACCAGAUUAGAGGUGGUGUACAGUAACAUGCGUCUGAGUUGAUUGAACAUUGAAUGUGUCAUUUGCAUGUAUUGACUCCUGAAGUGAAAUUUUUGAUUGGCUACAGUAGAACAUGGCUUUUAUUUUAUUAUUAUUGUUAUUUUCUUAUUUAACAAUAAUAUAGUGUAACAUUCCAUUCAUUUGUUUUCUGUGUACAGUUUUCAGGGGAGUUUUGUACACUGUUGAGCUGCAGUGUGGAACAUGACAGAAGACUUUUGAUGAGAAAAAUGACAAAACCACAACAAAAACAUUAAAUACUUCAUAAAAAAUAAAA